GGCAGAGAGCGGAUUAAGUGGUGAGGAGAGUCGCAGGAAGCGGCAUUUGAGGCAUGUGAUGAAGACCACAAAGGAUAUUUAAACAGAGAGGACUACAAGGUGGCUGUAGUGAUGCUGUUUGGCUAUAAGCCCUCAAAGGUGGAAGUGGAUUCAGUCAUGGCUUCUGUGAAGCAAAAUCAAUCUGGUGUAUCACUUGAAGAAUUUCUAAAUCUUAUGAGUACAAAGAAGGCUGCACAUUUUUACCAAAGCGAAGUAAGGCAGCUAUUCACUGCUUUUGACAGGCAACGUAGAGGAUAUUUGUCUUUAGAAGAUUUCAGAAAAGCUUUCAGUGCUGUGGCCCCAAAGCUGCCAGAGAGGACUGUAGUUGAAGCAUUCAGGGAAGUUGAUCAGGAUUCUGGUGGCCAUAUUAGCUUCAAAGACUUUGAAUCGGCAAUGAACUAUGGACAGGAUAAUUUGUCAGCGCUUCCUCUCAUCUAAUGAAAGCGGCCAAAGAAAAAACUCCAUAGCCAAGGUUUUCUAAAAUCUACAAAACAUUUUCCAUCAGAAUCCUUUUUAAACAAAUCAAGGUAGAUAUGCUGCCAUGAACAAGCUGUCUUUUGAACCUUCUAUGGAAUGUAUUAGGUCUUUAAACAUAUAUUCUGUUUUUCCAAUAAAUUGUUUUUUGACUUCUG